AUGUAUGUCAAGUUGAUGCCCAACAAGGAGGCUGGAACUUUGACUGUCCCGGAUACUGGCAUUAACAUGACGAAAGCAGAUUUGGUUAAGAAUUUGGGUACGAUCGCUUCCUCUGGCACGAAGGCAUUUAUGGAGGCUCUGGCUGAUGGUGCAGAUAUAUCGAUGAUUGGUCAAUUUGGUGUAUGUUUCUAUUCUGCCUACCUUAUAUCCGACCGGGUUCAAGUAGUGACGAAAAAUAAUGAUGACGACCAGUACAUUUGGGAGUCGUCCGCUGGUGGAACUUUCACAAUCGCACCAGAUGACAGUGAGUUGCCAAAACGAGGCACUAAGGUGAUAUUGCAUCUCAAAGAAGAUCAACUAGAUUUUCUUGAAGAGCGAAAAAUUCGAGAUAUAGCGAAGAAACAUUCUAAUUUUAUUGACUAUCCCAUCAAGCUGGUUGUUAAUAAAGAGCGAACCAAGGAAGUGUCUGAUGAUUAG